CGGCGGUGCCCACAGAGCGCGUCCCGGGGACGUCCCGUCUGCUUUCUACUGACGUCAGCGAGAAACUUCCGCCCGGACCAGCCCGGAAACCAGUCUGUAGUGAGCCUGAUACACACUUUACUCAAAGUUAAUUAGAACAAAACGAAGCGUUUUAGGUGACAAGAACAUAGAGAUCAGCGGUAAACACAACAACAACAUUGUCCAGCUCUGUCUCGACCAUGGACAAGCUGCGUCGUGUGCUCAGCGGACACGAAGACAACGAGGAGUCGGGGCUCACGCAGAUAUUGGAUGGCUCCACGCUCAACUACAGCACCAGGGUGAAAUGGUUUGUCAUCUGUUUCGCCGCCGGCGUCCUCUGCUCCAUACUGGGCGCAGCAUUGCUGUUCCUCCCAGGUGGGAUUAAACUGUUUGCUGUCUUCUACACAAUAGGAAACGUCGCUGCACUUUCCAGCACCUGUUUUCUAAUGGGACCAUUCAAACAACUCAAACGUAUGUUUGAACCAACAAGACUGAUUGCCACCAUUGUCAUGCUGCUCUGCCUUGUCUUAACACUAUGUGCGGCGUUUUGGUGGAAAAAAAAUCUGCUGGCCAUCAUCUUCUGUAUCUUGCAGUUUUUGGCGAUGACAUGGUAUGGCAUCUCGUACAUUCCCUUUGCCAGAGACGCUGUGAUGAAGUGCUUCACGACCUGCCUGAGUUAAAGGACCGCGUUGGAGGAGGUUGAGGACUGACCUGAGGACCGCAGCUCCACUGCGUACGCCGCUGUCCUGGGAACUGACCCACAGCUCCACUAUGUGUGCUGCAGACAUGGUGGACUUUGUAUUAUAGAAUGUUUUUUUUGUUUUGUUUUUGCCAAUCGUUUCCCUUUAAAAUCCUUAACUUUACUGUGAGUUCUUCCUUAAGUCACUGAAUUAGGAGAUAUAUAUCCACGCCUGCAAUCAUGAUAUAACACUUUCUGACCAAUGCAUUCAUCAUGACAUAAGAUUAGAGUCAUUUUAACACUUAUUAUUAUUUAUAUGCUUGUUUUCUUGAGCAUUUUAUACAUUUUGCCGUGCAGGGAAGUUUCCUUAAUGUUGAUAUCCUUUUUCUGGCAUCGUUUUUGUUUCACGAAAAAGCUUUUGUCCAUGUACAUACUUGAUGAAAAAAUUCACAUCAUGUUUUGACCAAUACUUACGCAUAGAAACGUAUGUGAAAGAGUUGUUGUUGAGUACAUCAUUGAAAGAUAAAACUAUUAAAAGAGGAUAGAGUGGGAUAGUGUUAUAUUCCAUCUUCUACAACUUUCCUUCAGGUGACAGUGCCUCGCAUCGCAGUUUAUAAACAAAUGCAAGAUUCCGGAAAGACAGAGGGAGUUUAUCCUCAGCCACAGAGGAACAACGUUUUGUUAGCGAGCACUGUUGUAUGUGUGUACAUCAAUAAAGCUCACCUCCCCCCAGCA